AUGAGUGAUACGUCUAUUUAUUUCUAUCGUCGUAAUGAACCAUUUGGUGAAUUUAGUAAUUUUUAUAUUUCUCCAAUUGAAUUAGAUGGAUAUACUUGGCCAACAACUGAACAUUAUUUUCAAGCACAAAAAUAUAUUUCAAAUGAAACACAUUUUCAAAAUAUAUUACAAUUAGCUACUCCUCGAGAAGCAUUUGCUUAUGUUCGAACACACAAAUCUGCGAGACGUCCCGAUUGGGAUGAUGUCAAAGAUGAGAUUAUGUUUAAAGCAUGUCUGGCGAAAUUUCAACAACAUCCUAAACUGAAAGAAUUAUUAUUAUCAACUGGUGAUCGAACUAUAGUUGAACAUACAACAAAUGAUUCUUAUUGGGCUGAUGGAGGAGAUGGAACAGGAAGAAAUCAAUUAGGAAUUACAUUAAUGAAAGUUCGACAUAAUCUCAAAGACAAUUAA